GAGGUAAAAAUCACCGCCGCAGAUAGUCAUCAUCUUCUUCUUCUACCACAGUCCUACAUUCAUACAAACAAACAUGUUGGAUAUCAAUCUAUUCCGAGAAGAGAAGGGAAACAACCCCGAGAUCAUCCGCGAAUCGCAACGCCGGAGAUUCGCCAGCGUUGAAGUCGUCGACGAGAUCAUUAAGCUCGACAAAGAAUGGCGCCAACGUCAAUUCGAAGUGGAUAACUUCCGUAAAGAGUUCAAUAAGCUUAACAAACAAGUCGCCAAGCUCAAAAUCUCUGGUGCUGAUGCGAGUGAGGUGAUUCAACAAACGGAGAAGAACAAACGUGAUGCUACAGAGAAGGAGGCUGAAGUUCGUGAAGCCUAUGCUGCUUUGCAAGCUAAGUUGGAGACUGUUGGGAAUCUCGUCCAUGACUCUGUUCCAGUUAACAAUGAUGAGGCGAAUAAUGCUGUGACUAAAGUUUGGGGUGAGAAGCUUGUUCCUCCCCCUGGUAUGAAGCUGAAGAACCAUGUAGAUCUCGUUGAGCUUCUUGACAUUGCUGAUACCAAGAGAGGUGCUGAGAUUGCUGGAGCAAGAGGAUUUUUCUUGAAAGGAGAUGGUUUGCUACUUAACCAAGCUCUUAUCAACUUUGGGCUGACCUUUUUGAAAAAGAGGGGCUACACUGGGUUGCAGCCUCCGUUCUUCAUGAGGAAGGAUGUUAUGGCUAAGUGUGCACAGUUGGCACAGUUCGAUGAAGAACUUUACAAGGUGACUGGUGAAGGAGAUGACAAGUACCUUAUUGCUACUGCAGAGCAACCUCUUUGUGCAUACCAUAUCGAUGAAUGGAUCCACCCGACUGAGCUUCCCAUAAAAUAUGCUGGUUACUCGUCGUGCUUUAGAAAAGAAGCUGGUUCCCAUGGAAGAGACACACUUGGCAUUUUCCGUGUUCAUCAGUUUGAGAAGAUUGAACAGUUCUGCAUCACUGGUCCUACCGAGAAUGAUUCGUGGAAAAUGCUUGACGAGAUGAUGAAGAACUCUGAAGAUUUUUACCAAGCGCUUAAUCUUCCAUACCAAAUCGUGUCCAUCGUCUCUGGAGCAUUGAACGAUGCAGCUGCAAAGAAGUAUGACUUGGAAGCUUGGUUUCCUUCGUCGGGUACUUACAGAGAGCUUGUGUCCUGUUCGAACUGUACUGACUACCAAGCUCGAAGACUUGAGAUCCGAUACGGUCAGAAGAAGAGCAAUGAGCAGACGAAGCAGUAUGUGCACAUGCUGAACUCGACUCUUACCGCCACAGAGAGGACCAUAUGCUGCAUUCUAGAGAACUACCAGCGUGAGGAUGGUGUGGAGAUCCCUAAGGUUUUGCAGCCGUUUAUGGGCGGAGAGACGUUUUUGCCUUUCAAGGCUAAACCAGUAGCUGCAGACACCAAAGGCAAAAAGGCUAAAGCUUGAUUUAUGAAAUGAUUUCAUUACCCUCUGAUGAAAAUUUUCUAUCGUAAUGUUUCUUUUAAUUCUGUGGUACUUUCAUGGACUGAUCACCUUUUUCAUUCAUCAUGGGAUUGUUUUUCUUAGCGAAUUCAUCUUCUCUGUUAUGCGUUUAUUCGUGUUAAACUUUGCAUCAUCAAGAACAUAA